UCCUACGAGGAGAGCCGGCGGGCAUCGUCUUCUUCCUUCACCUUUCACGUUGCUGCGAGCAGAGCCGCCAUGGGAGGAACCGGAAGAGCAGUGCUCACACUCACUCUCUCCUCCAACCUUCUCACUCUUUCUCGCCUCUCUUCCACAACCAAGCGCCUCACCAACCUUCCCACGACCGCCCGGCUGUUCCCGCCGCCUUUCAGAACGCUAUGCUCCGCCCCAGUAGCCGCUGCCACCACCACCUCCGAACCCGAGCCGUCCCUUCAGCCCCUGAAGCACUCGAUGCUGCUGGAGAGGCUGAGGACGAGAACCCUCAAGGACUCUUCCCCUAAAACCCCACAGCCCAAAACCCGAGAAAGCAGCAGAAGCGGCAAUAUCGACCCCUCGCUGGAAGCACUCAGUAGCUCGGAAAAAGCAAACAAGAAGGGGAAGGGGAAGCUUGUGGGGAGCUUCGAGGAGCUCGGGGUGAGCGAAGAGGUGAUGGGGGCGGUGAGAGAGAUGGGGAUUGAGGUCCCUACUGAGAUUCAGUGCAUUGGCAUCCCUUCAGUCCUGGAGGGCAAGAGUUUGGUGUUGGGCUCUCACACUGGCUCUGGCAAAACCUUAGCUUACCUUCUUCCUCUCGUUCAGUUGUUGAGGAGAGAUGAGGUAAUGUAUGGAAUGCUCAUGAAGCCUAGGAGACCUCGAGCUAUUGUGCUCUGCCCCACAAGGGAGCUCUCUGAGCAGGUGUUCCGAGUGGCCAAGUCUAUUAGUCAUCAUGCACGAUUCAGAUCUACUAUGGUUAGUGGUGGAGGUCGAAUUAGACCCCAAGAAGAUUCACUGAACAAUCCUGUGGAUUUGGUAGUCGGGACUCCAGGUAGGGUUCUUCAACAUAUCGAGGAGGGCAACAUGGUCUAUGGUGAUAUUAAAUAUGUGGUAUUGGAUGAGGCAGACACAAUGUUCGAUCGUGGGUUUGGACCUGACAUUCGCAAAUUUCUCAGCCCCCUGAAAAAUCGACUAUUGAAACCUGAUGCCAAGGGAUUUCAGACUGUUCUUGUCACUGCGACAAUGACAAAGGCUGUGGAGAAGCUAGUCGAUGAAGAGUUUCAGGGAAUUGUGCAUUUGCGAACAUCCUCCAUACACAAGAAAGUUGCAACUGCUCGUCACGAUUUCAUCAAACUCUCUGGCUCCGAAAACAAGCUUGAAUCGUUGCUACAGGUACUUGAGCCUAGCUUGGCUAAGGGAAAUAAGGUUAUGGUGUUCUGUAACACUCUGAACUCUAGUCGGGCUGUGGAUCACUUCCUCAGUGAGAAUCAAAUAUCGACAGUCAAUUACCAUGGAGAAGUCCCUGCUGAGCAGAGGGUUGAAAAUCUCGAGAAGUUCAAAAAAGAAGAGGGUGAUUGCCCAACCUUGGUCUGCACAGACUUGGCUGCUCGAGGACUGGACUUGGAUGUUGAUCAUGUUAUCAUGUUCGAUUUUCCCCUUAACUCUAUUGACUACCUCCAUCGAACUGGAAGAACAGCUCGAAUGGGCGCUAAAGGGAAAGUAACAAGCUUAGUUGCAAAGAAGGACCUCCUACUGGCCACUCGAAUUGAAGAGGCAAUGAGGAAGAACGAGAGCCUAGAAGCUCUAAGCACAGACAGCAUCCACCGAGACAUAGCUAGGGCAAAGAUAAGCGAGCAGAAGAAUUCAAAUGCUACAAAGGCGAGCAAAGUUGCAGAUUCAAAAAAGAAGGUCAAUGCCAAAGCAGCAACAGCAUCAACAUCAAGAUCUUCUAAUUCUCGUGCCAAGGUGGCAACCUCGAGACCCCCUGGAAAAAAAUCAGUGCGCACAAAACCUGUAAAAGCAUCAGGACUUGCUAAACCUGCGAAGACUGUUAGGGUCUCAAAGGUUGUCAAGUCUAGUAAUGGUGGGAAAUCUGCCAAAUUGUCUUCCCCGAGCAAAGUUACUAAACUGCGUGUUGUAGGGUUUAGGGGCCGGAACUCUUCGUCUAGCAAGAGGGAUGUUGGUGCUUAGCUUAUCUGUCUUUAGCUAUGACUUAUGGGCUCGGGUCAGAUUUAGUUUCUCAUGUCAUGUAAGUCUUAUAUCAUAUAGUUUUCUCUCAUGGUAUGGCUUCAAAACUUUUACUUGUGUUUUA